GGAACCGGGAACCGAAUCAUCCGGAACAGAACGCUGGAGAGGCCGGACUCAUGGCGGGCGAUGUGGGUUCUGAAGUUCAUUUAGAAAUUAAUGAUCUAAAACUCAUUUCACAAGAAGCAGACAGUCCUUCUGACAGUGGACAAGGCAGCUGUGAAACAACUAGGUCCUUGAGUGAAAAAGAUUCAGAUGAAGAAAUAUUUGUGAGUAAGAAACUGAAAAGCAAGAAGGUGCUACAAGACAGUGAUUCUGAAACAGAAUACACAAAUGUCUCUCCAGAAAAAACUACCUAUGACAGUGCUGAGGAAAAUAAAGAGAAUUUAUAUGCUGGAAAAAGUGGAAAAAUUAAAAGGGUUUACAAAACUGUGGCAGACAGUGAUGAAAGUGAUAUGGAGGAGUCUUCGUAUCAGGAAACUCUUGAAACCCAGGUGACAUCUUGCUUAGAACUGAGUCUCCAAUCUGGAAACUCUGUAGAACUUACCAUCGGUAGAAAGAUUUCCAAAAAGCCCAUAUGUGAUAAAGAAGUAACAGAAGGAAAAACAAAAAUAAAAUCAAAGAGAAGACUUGAGAAAGAGGAGAGAAAGAUGGAAAAAAUUAGACGGCUAAAAAGAAAGGAAAUAAAAAAUAAGGAAAAUGAUAUAGAACAUUCAUUUAAUGACAGUGGCUGUCUUCUUGCCGAUAAAGACCUUUUUGAAACGGGUUUGGAGGAGGAAAAUAACUCUCCACUGGAAGAUGAAGAGUCAUUAGAAUCAAUAAGGGCAGCUGUGAAAAACAAAGUGAAAAAUCACAAGAAAAAGGAAGCAUCUUUAGACUUGCAACAAGAAGAGAGUGAGUUAUCAAAAGGCAUCAUGAAGAAGGAAAGAAAGGCAGCCAAGUUAAGUAAGGAAGCAUUAAAAAAACUGCAUAGUGAGACUCAGCGCCUUAUUCGAGAAUCUGCACUUAAUCUUCCGUAUCAUAUGCCUGAGAAUAAAACUAUUCAUGAUUUCUUCAAACGUAAACCCAGGCCCACCUGCCAGGGAAAUGCCAUGGCACUUCUGAAGUCAUCAAAGUAUCAGCCAAGCCAUCACAAAGAAAUUAUAGACACUACAAAUAUAACUGAAAUGAAUGGUGACCACCAUAGCAAAGAUUCUGAGCACACAACUGGUGCAGAAUAUGAAAGAGAAAUUAAUGCAUUUACUGUGGUUUCAAAAGAACCUGAAAUCACUACUCGGUCAGAUGAAGCUUGCAGUAAAGAUCUGAUAAGAAGUGAAGAAGUAGCAGUUCUGGAGAAAAAGAAGCAGAGUGAUGCUAGAUCUUCACCUGGGGACAGCUCAGUGUCACAGGAGGAAAGCAGCCUCCUUAGGAACAAGGCCAGUGAGGAGUAUCAGAUUGGAGGGCUAGUGGCAUCUGAAUCUCAUGCCCUGGAGGGAGUAGAUGACCUGAAACAGACUGAAGAAAUAGAAGAGAAAGUGGAAGAACCCAUGCAGCAAACUAAAUCGGCAGUUGUGCCACCUGAAAAAGUUCGAAAAUUCACUCUGGAUAGACUUAAGCAAUUAGGAGUAGAUGUUUCCAUUAAACCACGGCUGGGUGCUGAUGAAGAUUCCUUUGUGAUACUUGAUGAACCUGGAACCAACAGAGAACUGGAAGCCUUAAAGCAGCGUUUCUGGAAGCAUGUUAAUCCAACAACCAAGCCCAGGGCUGGCCAAACAGUGAAAGUGAACAUCAUAGUGAAAGACUUGAGUACUGAUGGAAGGGAAGAGCUAAAGGCAGAUGUGGUACCUGUGACUUUGGCAGCUGAGAAACUGGAUGGAGCAAGCCACACAAAACCAGGUGAAAAGUUGCAGGUGCUAAAAGCUAAACUGCAAGAGGCAAUGAAACUCCGAAGAUUUGAGGAGCGCCAAAAGCGCCAAGCAUUGUUUAAAUUAGAUAACGAAGAUGGGUUUGAGGAAGAGGAGGAGGAGGAGGAAGAAAUGACGGAUGAGUCUGAGGAAGAUGGAGAAGAGGAGGAAGAUGAAGAGAAAGAAGCUGAGGAAUUGGAGGAAGAGAAAGAAGAACUGGAGGAGGAGAAGGAAGAAGGCAAUCAGGAGAACGCAGAAUUCCUUCUUGGUAGUGAAGAUCUAGAACUCAAAGAUGAGAAAGAAAUGGACAAAGAUAAUAUUGAUGGCGGUAGUGAAAUUGGCAAGUCCGUCGAUCUUCUUUCUGUUCCCAAGCCUCUCUCAUCAGAUUCUACCUUACUUCUAUUUAAGGACAACUCUUCCAAGAUGGGUUAUUUUCCUACUGAAGAAAAGUCAGAAACAGAUGAAAACUCAGGAAAACAGCCCAGUAAACUGGAUGAAGAUGAUUCAUGUUCAUUGUUAACAAAAGAGAGCAGCCACAAUAGCAGCUUUGAGCUGAUUGGCUCUACAAUUCCAUCCUAUCAGCCUUGCAACAGACAAACAGGUCGAGGGACCAGUUUUCUCCCUAUAGCAGGGGGAUUCAGAUCUCCUUCCCCUGGGCUAUUUCGAGCCAGUUUGGUCAGCUCAGCUUCUAAGAGUUCAGGGAAACUGUCUGAGCCUUCACUUCCCAUAGAGGAUUCCCAGGAUCUGUAUAACGCCUCCCCAGAACCUAAGACACUUUUCCUAGGAGAAGGAGACUUCCAGUUCUGUUUAGAAGAUGACACUCAGAGCCAACUGUUGGAUGCAGAUGGGUUCUUAAAUGUUAGAAACCACAGAAAUCAGUACCAACCUUUGAAGCCUCAGUUGCCAUUGGCCAGUAUGGAUGAGAAUGCCAUGGAUGCCAACAUGGAUGAAUUGUUGGAUUUGUGUACUGGGAAGUUUGCAUCUCAGUCUGAAAAAUGUCAAAGCAGUAAGAGUGACAAGAAAGAGAACAUGGAGGAACUUCUAAAUCUUUGCUCUGGAAAAUUCACUUCUCAGGAUGCCUCCUCACUGACUCCGCUGGAAUUGAGUAAGCAGGAAAAGGAGAACAGCAUGGUUGAUCCAAUGGAAGAAGCGCUUGCUCUGUGCUCAGGUUCUUUCCCAACGGACAGGGAGGAAGAAGAUGAAGAGGAAGAAUUUGGAGACUUUCAGCUUGUCCCAAAUGAAAAUGAAUUUGAUAGUGAUGAAGAGGAACACAGUGACUCUGGUAAUGAAGAUGAUGAGGAAGAACUCCUGAAGCAAUCUGAGAAGUUGAAAAGGCAAAUGAGAUUGAAGAAAUACCUGGAGGAUGAGGCAGAGGUGUCAGGAAGUGACGUGGGAAGUGAAGAUGAGUAUGAUGGGGAAGAUAUUGAUGAAUAUGAAGAGGAUGUAAUUGAUGAAGUACUUCCUUCUGAUGAGGAAUUGCAAAGUCAAAUCAAGAAAAUACACAUGAAAACAAUGUUGGAUGAUGAUAAACGAAAACUACGUUUAUACCAAGAGAGGUACCUUGCUGAUGGGGAUCUGCACAGUGAUGGUCCUGGGCGAACGAGAAAAUUCCGAUGGAAAAAUAUAGAUGAUGCUUCCCAGAUGGACUUGUUCCACAGAGACUCUGAUGAUGAUCAGAUUGAAGAACAGCUUGAUGAAACAGAAGCCAAAUGGAGAAAGGAGCGUAUUGAACGAGAGCAAUGGCUUCGAGACCAGGCACAGCAGGGGAAAAUUACAGCUGAAGAAGAAGAAGAAGAAAUUGGGGAAGACAGUCAGUUUAUGAUGCUAGCCAAGAAAGUUACAGCAAAAGCACUGCAGAAGAAUGCUAAACGCCCUGUGGUUAUUCAGGAAUCAAAGCCUCCACUCAGUGAUCCUUUUGAAGCCAUCAAACCUGGAAGUGCUCACCAGCUGAAGACAGGCUCACUGCUAAACCAGCCCAAAGCUGUGCUUCAGAAACUGGCUGCUCUUUCUGAUUGCAACCCUAGUGCUCCCCGAAAUUCAAGAAACUUUGUCUUUCAUACACUUUCUCCUGUCAAGGCUGAGGCAGCAAUGGAAUCAUCUAAGCCUCAGGUAAGGAAAAGAGGUCCAUCGUUAAUGACAUCCCCUUCUAAGCGCCUCAGAACAGAAGAUAGCACCCCAGGAAUGAAGCGAAGCAUCUUCAAAUAUUUAGAAAGCUAACACUAUAAAGGAUGCCAACACCUAUGCUGAGACUAUUUUGAGAAGUUUCUGUCACUGAAGGUUGGAAUUGAUGCUCAUACUGAUGAACUCUCCUUCCUUCAUAAUUAAUGCAUUAUGAUUAUGAACAAAGAUUCCAGUUUUUCUACUACAUGGCUCUGGACAUCUUUUCCUUUUCCUAAUAUUAUUUCUUGGGUUGCCCACUAAUCUUAAUUCUUCAGUGUCCCCAACGUCGACAUAUGUAAUAUUUGAUUGAAGUCUUACUUCCUUCAUUAAACAUUUAACAUUAUAUUCUAGCAGCUUCUUGGGUUGACACCUCUUUGAUAGAGGUGGUUGGAGGAGGAAGAGGGGGAGGAAGGAAGUAUAAUGCUGCAGAAAAUUACAGAAAGUGGCACAAAUAUAAGAAUGAUUCCUUCACACCUGCAGAUCCUUACCAUGGUGACCAGGACUCAGUGAAGGAGAGACUUAAACUGAGACCUAGGAAACAACAAAUGGACUCUUGUAUUAGGCUUGCCCCUUCCGUUUUCCUGCCAAGGCUGCUUCAAAUUUCUAAAUGACCUUUGUUGCCUUUAUAAUAAGGACUUAAACUGGUAUAGAUUCUAAAAUACCUUACCCCUAAUUUUCUUAGGUGUGGAAUGAAGAUAAAGAGUUGCACCCAGUGUCUCCCUAUUAGUCUGUGGAGCACAGAGAUUUCUCCUGGGACUAAAUUCUCAAUUUGAAACACUGUUUCUCAAGGACCCUCCUUCUUUUAUCUGACAAGAAGAAAUAUAACCAUUAUUUAUCGCAUCUCCUGGGUUGAGCAUAAUGCUCUGACCAUUCAGGACAUUUUAAUAUGUCAUUACUAAUGUUGAGAGACCACCAUGGAGUUUAAUAAAAAUGUCAUUAAGAGAAUUCCAUCAUUCCCCACUUCCUUAAGUUACCCUGGGGUUCUCAGAAGUUUAAAUUGACUUUUCCCUCUCAAACCUGAACAUUAGUGCUGCUUUGGAUAAACAUUCCAUAUGAAUGUUACAGUUUCAUUCAGGAGCUGGACUUGGGAAAUUGGAUGAGAUUGUUUCGGUUUUUUAUUUGGAGAUGGGGAACACCAAUUUAAGUGAUGAAAUUAGGGUGUGGGUUUUCUACAGUUUUUUAAUACUCAAGAUUCUGUCUUUAACAGAAUUCAUGUUUGUAUAUUUGUAAUCUUGUAA